UGCGCCCAACAACCCCAAUUGGGCCGGCCGGGCUGCAUCUCGUUCCACCGCCCAGCAACCCCUUCCGCUGCAUUAUUCCACGUGCGUUCUGCCGGUCUCUCUCGCCGCUGUCUCGCUCUCCGGCGACUGGUGGGCCGCCGCCGCCGCCGCCCCGCCAGGUGCGGAGGUUUUCGUUGGUCCUUCGCCAGCGACGAGCACCCACCAGGCUUGUUGUAUAUGUGCUGCAAUGGCGUCUCUGGGGCGAAGAGCCGGGAGCUACAUCUGCUCGGAGCUGUGUGGCACAACUCUGAACCAGAGACGCUACUCCACUUCGAGGGUGGAUUGGAAGCAGCUGCGGCCAAUGAUCCUUAAGAGGAUUAAGAACCGGACAAAGGAAUACCCAAUCAAGAGCAUGAUCCCAGUCGCGGAGGAGGUGGUCAGGGCUAGGGAGAUUGUCAAUGAGGGCGUCUCCAGACUGCUCAAGGUUUUGUCAUGAAGUUCACAUUGGAACCACGGGUCAUCAGAUGAAAACAUGCUAUGGUUUCAAGCGUAUGAUCAAGGACAGACCACAUGAAUGGGAACCGGGCAACUUGAAUGACAUCCUUGUUCCUGUUCAGGCUUUCCACCAGAAAAAUAUGUUUGAGCAUGAGAUAAAACAUGACCAGCGGUUCGACUUCACUCGCGUCCCAGCUGUACUUGAGCUGUGCCAUCACGCAGGUGCAGACAUACCUGAUGAGAUUCUAUACAGAAGUGGACAAAUGUCUACUACACUCAAAACCAACAAUCAGCAAUCUGCUCCAAUCUUGCCAGAUGAACUCAGAUAUAUCGGUCAGAAAACACUGGAUGCAUGGGAAAACCUGAGAUUAGGUGCCACAAAACUUCUCUUGGUGUACCCAUCCAAAGUUUGUAAGCAUUGCUCUGAAGUGCAUAUCGGGCAAUCAGGGCACAAGGCCAGAAUGUGUGGAGUAUUCAAGUUUGAGGGCUGGAAAGGGAUGCACAAGUGGAACAAGGCUGGAGUGGAUGACCUAGUUCCUCAGAACAUUGUGUGGCAUCGGCGGCCUCAUGAUCCACCCGUCCUUGUGGACGGUGGGAGGGAUUAUUAUGGCCAUGCGCCUGCUGUCGUUGAGCUCUGCAUGCAAGUGGGUGCAAUAGUACCCCCGAAAUACCAUUGCAUGAUGAAGACACACGGCUUAGCACCACCUGUUGGAUGAGACCACAUACCAUAAGUCGACUGCCUGUAUAGAUCAGAGACCAAAAUAAUUUGCUUAAGGAUCCAAAAGACUCUUCUGGAAGAAGCCAUCUAUUAACUGUAAUGGCUAGCUAAGGAGAUACGCUGUUUUGAAGAUUAUUAGUGUUAUUAGAAUCCAGAAGGUGAGAUUGAAAAGAAAAGAUUUUCUGAAGACUAGUAGCGGUUGAAGGCCCUCAGACAGUAGGGGAAAUUUUGCAUUGUAAAAGAUUAUAACAGCUUUACUUCAUUGGCAUUCAUUUAUUCAACGUUGUCCUUACAUUUUCCCCCGCACUUGGAUUUUAACCGUACGGGCAGUUUUGUUGAGCUGCCAAAAGUCGAGCAUUCUUUCUUAAAGCUGUAAUUUGUACACAGAAAUAGGAAACUCCCAGCAAGGAAGCCGCCCCAGGGAUCCUGUGGAGAGAGUUAGCAUGGUGGCGGCCUCGUCGGCCCCUAGCUCAGGUCUUCCUGCUUCUCGCUCCUUCCUCCCCCGGUCUUUUCGUUUUUCAGUCAUGGACUUCUCUCUUCUGGACUUUCGGCCAGGCCUGGCCUUCGCGGACUCCCUCUGGGAUGUCCUGGCAGCUCCAGUUUGUCCUGCCCGCCCAUAUCUGCGGUCGUCCUUCUGGUUGGUGGUCUCCUUUAGUAGAUGCAUCUUCAAGUUGAAUUCGGUCUCGGGUGGUCAUCUUCUUCAGGCUGCUCUUGAUGGGUUCGCCGCGGGCUUUGAGGUGCUUCAGCUGGCUGACCGGGUUUUUCGGUUUUCGGUUUCUUCGAUGGCGGUGGGUUUUCAUAUUUACAACUCUGGUUCCAUUGAGCGUAAGGAGUUCAGGGCCUUCUUCAACCUUUGGAAUCGUGGUGGACCUAAUUGGAAGCAUGAAUUCAGGCUUUUUCGGAUGAGGAAGCUGCUUCCUGGUUGAAGGUCCAGGGCAGGAAGAAUCCUUCAUAUGCGGAUAUUGUUAAGCUCCCUCUCACCGGUGCCAAUGUUGUUCCGAUUCGCAACUCUAUCAGGUCUCCUGGUGGUGCUCAGCGUGUGGCUCGGGCUGGAUCUUCGGUUUUCAAUCGUUUGGGCCCUCCUUUCCUUAAUCAGGCUCAGGCUCGUAGUAACUGGUGGCCUCGUGCUGGGCCUCGGCCUCGCCCCAGAGUUUCCGUGUUCAACCGUUUAAACUUUCCGGCUUCGGGAUCGUGUCCUUCUUCCUCUAUGGGGAGGAUUGGAUCUCCUCGGUUCUUGGACCCUAAUUCUUCUGGUGUUGCUCUUGGAGGCGGAAUUCCUAACCGUUCUAAAUUUCAAAUUUCGAACUCCAGCUGGUCUCGCCCCCGCAACCUCCAAUGGCGCCCCGUGCGUGCUCGCGGGCCUGUUGGGCUGCCAGGCCCGCCGACCUUAAGCUGUCAUUUCUGUAAGGGCCGGGGACACUUGGAUUUUUUUUGUCCCAGCAAGUAUACUUCCUUCGGUUCUUCUCUGACUUCGUUCCCUGCCUUUGGGAGUCGGGCCUUCUUGGUGGGAAACCAAAAUUCUCCUGAUCACAGUACCUGGUUUCGCACACCGGUUGCGUCUCUGAUCAGUGGACCGCCCAUAUUCAGUUGCUUCGAGGAGUUCGCCCGGGAGGUAUUAAAAAAUUUUGAAUCGACACCCCUUCAGUCCCUGACGCUUUCUUUGGGCGUCACCUCACCAAAACCCCAACCUGCUCCGUCUUCGUCUGCUAGCUGGCGAUCCUCGGUUCCUGCUCCGAUGGCGUUUAGGCGCGUUGAUCCUGAACCCUGUCUCCCGCCGGGCUUCAGCGCUUCGGUGGUCCUUCACCGGGAGAUUAUGGCCAGGUCAGUUACUCGGUGCCUCCCGCCAUUGCUUGAGGACUGGGCUAUUAUCAGCAUUCAACCUUUACCUGACCAUGAGAUUACUUUCUCGGCGGUGAGGGAUGUGGUUAGAGAAUACCUUGUGGAGCACAGACGGCUUGGGGUGCGAGAUAUCCAGCGGUCGCACCUGGGUCAGGUUUUGGUUCAGUUUAGCAGCGUUCUUGAAAGAGACAAUCUUGUUCUGCUCGGCCCGCAACAGUACCUCGAUGCUUCCUUCACUGCUCAGCGACAUAAUGAUGCUUGGAAUCAUAGAGCCCUUUACUUUAAUCGGGAAUGCUGGCUUAUGUUGUUGGGAUUCCCUCUGGAUUAUCGUUCAUCAGAAUACUUGCAGGCGGCUAUUGGCUCUUUUGGCAGAUUGAUCUUGUGGGAAGAGGACAGACGCAAUGUUUACAGGACUCUGCUCAGGGUGCGGGUCACGUCUCUGGAGGAGGUCCCGCAGUUCAUUGUUUUUUCAGAAGCUGAUGGCUUUAUUGGUGACUCGUGGACGGUGCAGUGUGAGAUCAUCCAACAAACUUUGCUGGGGGUCAGCCUCAAGAUAAGGACCCGGUGCCAGUGGUCCCGGAGGAUGGUCAGCAGCUCCCUUUUGAGUUUUUUUGGUUUGGGUCAACUUGUGCCGGCGGUGGGCUGGGAUCUUAUUUUCCCGCCAGAAGACAAUUUCCAAGCUCAGCCAGCAGACAACAUUCAAGGAGAUUGGGACCAAUGGAUUGUUAAUGUUCCACCUGUUCAGCAGCCUCAUCUGGACCUGCCACCUGACGAGCAACAAAUCAGCAACCCCUAUUCGGACCUGUCCUCAGAUAGUUCUUCUGGUCACAUUCAUGGUGCCUUGCUUCAGAAUGGGCAGAUCCCUGAGGAUCUGGUGGCUGUGGGGCCGGUGCCCAACUUUAAUGCCCCUGCCCCCCUUGCCUUGGGUGACCUCCCUAUGAUUGGGCCCCAGGAGGUUGACGGCCCACCAAUUCAGGGUGUUCUUCAUGUGCCUGGGGAUAUUGUUAUUCCUGAUGCCCAGCCGGCGGAACCUAACGUUAAUGGACACAACAACGUGAGGUUGAACUUUAUGUUUUCGCAAGACUGGCAACCGGAUCCUGUUUUGCUGAGUCACUUGGAAAGGAAAAGGAAUGCCCAGUUCUUUAGGAUCUGGGCUAACUAUUUGGCCCAGGCUGAUAGCUCGGUGACCUCGGUGCAGGUUCCCAAGAAAUGGGCGUCCUUUUUCUUAUCCAACUUGAUGCAAGAAGAUUCCUUUAGUUGGUCAAAAACUUUCCUGUCUUCAUAUAUUCCUUCCGCUCUGUUGGAGCCAGAGACUGAGACACAUCCUUUUGUCAUCCCCAGGAAGUGUCCUGAUGACAAGUUUCUUGAUUCGGUCCUUUCUGAGGAAUCUGCUGACGACACUUCUGUUCCCUCGGACCUGGCCUCCUCCACACCAAAAUUUGUUGUAGUGGAAUCUGACCUGAGGAGAAGCAAGAGGCUCCGUGACGCCCGGGCUGGAUUCAGGCAGGGCUCCUGCCAAAAGAAGAACUGUUUGAUGUGUCAGCACAAGUUUGAGGGUCCCCCCUCUCUUUCAGCUAAAACUAUCAGGCGCUUAGGUGAGCGCUUUUGCAAUCUAUCAGAAGAGGAGUUGGCUGACAAAGCCCUGAAGAAAAAGAAGAACCCGCCUGGCUGUGUUGGCUCCAACAAGUCAGGGAAAAAAGAUAAGGGGGAUAAGAAACAAGACUCUUCAGAUGAUGACAACUGAUAUGUUGAUACUGCUUCGGGUGGGAUUAUUUUGCAGGUCUCAAUUUCGCCAGGCUUUUUGGCUGUCUCGGCCCUGGCGUCUCUGUCUGCUUUUUGUGUACAAGAACUUGGUGGUUUCUGGUAGUGCUUUGUUUCGUUUUAGCAUAUUCACUUUUGCCCUCCCAGUAAUUGGGUUUGGGUCCCUUCCCAUCAACGAACUUGAUCCUUUUGAUGAAUAGUCACAAUGCUAUUAAUUUUUCCGACUGGUCCGUUUUAAGUUUUAAUGUCCGAGGUAUUAACGCGGUGGCUAAGGGGAAUGAUAUUCAUUGUGUGAUUAGGGAAUCUAAUUGCGACAUCAUCUGCUUGCAGGAGACGAAGAAGGAAUUUUUUGACCGGGCUGACCUAAGAAGGUUCUGUCCCAAUUCUUUUGAUGAGUUUGCUUUUGUCCCUUCGAUAGGAAAUUCGGGGGGUUUCAUUACUGUCUGGAAUAGUUCGAAGUUGGUUGGCAGUGCUAUCUUCCAGAACGAGUAUGCUCUCUCGGUUGAAUUUUCUGCUAUUUCGUCGGAUGAAUCUUGGAUUAUCACCAACGUUUACGCGCCAUGUUCCCCGAAUGGGAAGAUUGAAUUCCUUCACUGGUUCUCCAAUAUUAAUAUGCCCUCGGAAAAGCGCUGGUUGAUUGUUGGGGACUUUAAUCUUACGCGUAGGCCUGAAAAUAGAAAUAUCGCUGGGGGGACAUUAAUUUGAUGCUGAAAUUUAACGAGGCAAUCAGCCAGCUCGACCUGUUGUAAAUUCCUCUCCAUGGCCUCUCCUUUACUUGGUCGAACAAACAAAGGGAGCCCCUUCUUCAGAGACUCGAUUGGUUUUUCAUGUCGCAAGAAUGGUCGGUGUGUUACCCUGACACUCUCGCAACAACGCUGCCCAGGGAUAUUUCUGAUCAUGUGCCUUGCCUGAUUUCUUUCAAGUCAAAGGUCCCCAAACCCAAGAUCUUUAGAUUUGAAAAUUUCUGGUUGCAAUUUGAUGAGUUUAUGACAGUUUUUCAAAAUUCGUGGACUGGUCUGCCAAGCCUUUUGGACAAAGCGAAUAAUUUAACAGCAAAAUUCAAGUUCACCAGAAAGAUCCUAAAAGAGUGGCAGCGAUCACUGCCAAAAAUUGACAAAACUGUGAGACAAAUUAAGUUGAUUAUUGAAUUCAUUGAUAUUAUUGAAGAGCACCGUGACCUUUUGAUUGAAGAAUGGAAUUUUCGUGAGUUAUUGCAACACAAGGCUGCUGAGUUGCUUCAGUUUCAAAAAAAUUAUUGGAAGCAACGGGCUUCCAUCAAAUGGGUCACUGAUGGAGAUAUCUGCUCCAGAUUUUUUCAUGCUCAUGCAACGGUAAAGCAUGGCCGCAAUACAAUUGCAUUGCUCUCGGAUGACAGUGGCUCAAUCUUUUCAGAGCAUGAUCUUAAAGCUAACCUGCUUUGGAAUGUUUUCAAAUGUCGCUUGGGAUCCUCUGAUUUUUCGGAAAAUGUCUUUGAUCUCCCUAGCUUGCUGCUCUUCCACAGUGACUUGCAUUGGUUAGAUGAGCCUUUUUCAAAGCAAGAAAUUGAUAGUAUUGUUGUGGUCCUUCCUUCUGACAAAUCCCCGGGACCUGAUGGGUUUAAUACCAACUUUAUCAAAAAAUGUUGGCCGAUUAUUUCUCAGGACUUCUAUGACUUAUGUGAUCAAUUUUACCACGGGGAUGUUUGUCUUCGAAGCAUCAAUGGUUCUUAUAUUGUCCUGAUCCCGAAGAAGGAUAAUGCUAGUUUAGUGGGUGAUUUCCGACCAAUUUCGCUUCUGAAUAAUAGUAUGAAAAUCAUCACUAAGCUGUUGGCCAAUCGGUUACAGACAGUGAUGACUUCCCUUGUUCACAAAAAUCAAUAUGGCUUCAUCAAAGAAAGAACCAUUCAGGACUGCUUGGCCUGGGCAUUUGAAUAUAUUCAUCUUUGUCAUAUUUCAAAAAAAGAGAUUAUUGUGCUCAAAUUGGAUUUUGAAAAGGCCUUUGAUUCUCUUGAGCAUGAGUUGAUUCUUCAGGUGAUGUUGCAUAGAGGCUUUGGGCCCAGAUGGAUGAGCUGGAUUAGGGAUAUUCUUCGGUCUGGCACGUCCUCAGUCCUCCUUAAUGGUGUACCAGGGAAAACCUUUCAUUGCAAGCGCGGGGUUAGGCAGGGAGAUCCCCUCUCGCCUCUUCUUUUUGUUCUCGCGGCGGAUCUGUUACAGAGCAUCAUCAAUAAAGCGCGGCAGCAAGACCUGCUCAAGUUACCCCUGGUCGCGAACUGUGGUCAAGAUUUUCCGAUAGUUCAAUAUGUGGAUGACACAUUGUUGAUAUUGGAAGCUUGCCCUAGACAUCUAUUUUUUCUCAGAGCUGUUCUGAACUCUUUUGCAACUUCGACGGGGCUAAAGGUGAACUACAAUAAAUCAAGUAUGUACCCCAUCAAUGUCUGUCCCACUAAAAUGGAGAUUCUAGCCGGAACCCUCAACUGUCAGAUAGGUUCAAUGCCCUUUACCUACCUUGGUGUUCCGCUUGGUCUGUCAAAGCCUAAAAUUUGCCACUUUUUACCGCUCAUUCAUAGGAUUGAGAAGAGAUUGUCAUGCACCUCUGCUCUCCUUUCCCAGGCUGGCAGGCUAGAGCUUGUUAACUCGGUGUUCUCAGCUCUCCCGACCUUUUUGAUGUGCACCCUGAAAAUUCCGGUUACCACGGCCAAGAAGAUUGAUUCUUAUCGGAAACAUUGUCUUUGGAGAGGAAAUGACGUCAAUUCGAAGAAACCUGCUCUGGCUGCUUGGAGUAUGAUUACACAGACUAAAAAAUGGGGGCCUAAGAGUGGUAAGAUUAGAGACACACAAUAAAGCACCGCUUCUGAAGUUUUUGCACAAGUUCUUCAACAAUCAUGAUAUUCCCUGGGUAAACCUGGUUUUGAGCAACUAUUACAGGACAGACAGGCUCCCUGGCUGCUCAAAAAUUGGCUCCUUUUGGUGGAAAAGUUUGCUUAGUCUUGUCCAAGAUUACAAGGGACUGGCUGCCCCAACUAUUGGGGAUGGAAGAACCAUUCUUUUCUGGAAAGAUAUGUGGAAUAGGGGUACCCCGGCUCAUCAAUAUCCUGAAUUAUUUUCCUUCGCUUGUAACAGCAAACUUACCGUCAAAGAAGCUAUCCAAAAGGAACACCUUAUUGAAAUUUUUCAGCUUCCUCUGUCGGUGCAAGCCUAUGAACAAUUUCUUGACUUAAACGCAACUUGGGGGCAAAUCAUGGUGACCAACACAAAAGAUGCUUGGAAACUCAUUUGGGGAGCUGAUAAUUUCUCUACAAAGAAAACUUAUAGACAUUUGAUGGGUCAGGCUCAAGUUCAUCAGAUCUUCAGAUCGCUUUGGAAAAAUAAGUGUCAACCAAAACAUAAGGUUUUUUUGGCUUUGGUUAAAGAACAGACUCAAUACAAGGGAUAUGCUGAGAAGGAAAAACAUGAAUCUUGAGUCUUACACUUGUGAAAAUUGCAUCUGGCAAAAGGAGGAAACCCUUUAUCAUCUUUUCCUCAAAUGUAAUUUCGCGAAGGCUUGCUGGAAUUCUAUUGGUCUGACGCCCCCAAGAAUUACUAAUCCUGUGGACGCUGCAUUAAAUCUAAUGCAGCAGCUCAAUGUUUCCUUCUCUAUGGAAAUUGUCAUUCUCAUGACUUGGAGCAUUUGGAAGUGUCGUAAUGCCUUGCUUUUACAGGAUAAGGACCCAACAGUGCAGCAUUGUAAAAAUGAGUUCGCAAAGGAAUUACAUCUGGUCACGCUUAGAGCUAAAGGAAGAUUCGAUUCGACAAUACCUGAAUGGCUUCAGCAUUGGCAGUAGACCCCAUCAAUUUUACCCUUUUGUAAUUUUGUAAUCUACUUUCCUGUAUGCUUCUAACUCUCGUUCUAAAAUUUUAAUAAAAAUUCAGUAGGGGCUUGCCCCUCCUGUCCUAUCAAAAAAAAUUUGUACACAGAUUUUUACUUGUGUUCGAUUUUGUGUGUUGUAUAAAGUGUUAACCUAAACAUUUAAAUAGACUAAACGUCAUUUAAACCUUUGAACGGACUAAACGAUCAUCUAUUGUUUAGCUAUUUAUUUGGGCUAAAUGACUAUUUAAACGGACUGAAUGAUGGUUAGAUGGGAUAAACCGUUGAUCAAACGGACACAUUAAAAGAGUGAACGCUCAAAUAAAUAGCUAGACAGCGUUCAUGUACACAGGCUGUAUUGUUUGCCGGCCAUGCGUUGAAAUCUAAAUAAAAGAGAAAAUGAGGUAGUUGAAGUUAGUUAGAAUGAAUAGAAUCUUUUAAUUAUGUGUAGAGUGGAAGAUAGAGAAUUUUUAGGGAGAACUGUUGCAAUUGAAUAUAAGAGAAUGAAUCUUGGUGACGUGGUUGCAUAUAUGUGGAAAAUUUAGAGGACACUGCGAAGAUAGCUUAAACAAAAGUGUAUGUGAACAGUGGGUGGAUGUCGAUGAUUGAGUUACAACGGCGGACACUUUUUGUCCAAAGUUGAAUGGUUCUCAUCUAUUUUCAAGAUGUGUUUCUGCUCUGGACCAAUCCUGGUCGAGCCCAGCAUCAACAACUGCAAAGUAAAGGGAGGUCUCGAAGUGAAACUUUUUUGUUAUUUUCUUUGUUGAAUCGUAUCACCGGAUUAUACCACUCUAACGUGUUGUUUGGUUGGUCCAUUUUACUAUAUAAACCAUUAACAGGGGUAUCAAUAACGGUAGAUUAUAUUUGUUUUAGGUUUACUAUAGUCGAAUCACGAUGGGAUUUGUUACCGGCAUAUGUAAAUUUGAUACCGCUACCCAGCUCUCUCCACUAACUCCACCGGUGGAACCUGACAACCAAACAAAGCCCUUGCUCCAUGGGUUAUACCGCCAUGAUUCGAUUCUAUUUUCAUUCCCGUUCCCAGUGGUCCAACUAAACACUGCCUAAAUUUGUGCUGAGAUUGAAAGUAAACGGUUUUAUAGCUGAGAGCUGAAACGUUAUGA